GCGAGAGAGCCAGGCCGGCGCUAGCUGUCAUGCGCGGAUGUUGUUUCCGGCGCUGCCCGCAGGCGGAAGCGGCUGCGCGGCUCCGGCGAGCUGGGCUCGGUGCUCCUGCGGCCGCUGCCCGGGCGAUGGGCGCGCUCGGUGCCUGUGGGCGGCCGCUGUAGCUGGCCUGCGAGCUGUGUGAGGCCGCUUCGGCAGCGGUGGCUUCGGCCCGCGGUGAUCAUCCCGGCCCCGCCGGCAUGAACAGCGAGCGGAGGACGGGCGGGGGCCCGGCGAGAGGAGGCGAACUGCGCGCCCCACACGACCCUGGCGAGCGGGCGACAGGAGCAGAGGCGCCCUGCUGCCUUCGGCGGGGUGCUGCUGCUGCCGCAGGCGGUCCGGAGCGGAGUCGGGUCCGCGGUCCUGCGGGACAGAGGGAGCGGGGAAGCCAGGAUAAUUUCCAAGGGUGGAUGACAGAAGCAGCCAGCCUUCCUGCAGGUGCAAAACAGAUGCAGAAAAAAGUGAGUGUUGCCAUACACUUAAUGAAGCCUGAAAGGGAAGUCCAUGUUCCUUCUAAGAAACUUGCUUCAGCUGCUGCCAAGAAAGAGCAUCCUACAGCAGAACUAAAGGAAGACUAUGUACAUGGAAGUACUGGGAGAACUGAGAAGACAGAUACUGUUAAAUCACUUGUGUCAGACCAGACUGCAUCUAGAACUUGUGAAUUCUAUUUACCUGUGUCUUGUGAUCCUUCAACAGUGGAGUCAUCUGAGGACAGUGGGGAGGAGGACAUGUAUCGUGAUGCAGAAGAAAUAGAGAGAGAAAAAGUCUUACUUUGUCAGACGAGCUCUUCAGAACAGAAACUAAGUGUUGCACCUGAAAUGGACAUCAUGGAGUAUUGCAGAAAAGAAUGGAGGGGAGAUACACCAGUAGCAAAAAAGAUGAGAAAGGGAUAUGAAGCAGUGGCUCAGAAGUUUCAAUCGAUAAGGAGAGUCCGAGGUGACAACUAUUGUGCUCUCAGAGCAACUCUUUUUCAGGCACUAAGCCAAGCUACCCAGUUACCAAGCUGGCUGCACAGUGAGGAUUUCACUAUGCUUUCUGAAAACUUACUGAGCAAGUACGACUGGAUCAAGCAGUGGCAGCUGAAAGAAAAACUGGGCAGGAAGAUGGGAAAAAUAAGUGAUGAAAUAAAAGAAUAUUUAAUACUUCUAAGGAAAAAGUGGAAGAAUAUAAGUGAAAUCAAAGGUCCUCUUGAGAAACAAGAAGCUUGUGAUAAGUUGUUUAAAAAUGAAGAGGAGGAAUAUAGCCUUUUUGAAGCACUGAAGUUUUUGAUGCUUAACACUGCUAUCAAGCUAUACAACGAUGAUAAAAAUGGCAUGAGAGUUCCUGUCUUCUCCUGGUUGCUGUUUGCACGGGAUACAUCCAGCAACCCUUGUCAGUUAAUGCAUAAUCACUUGAAUCAUAUUGGUCACAGUGGAGGCCUUGAACAAGUGGAAAUGUUUCUCCUUGCCUAUACCCUGCAGUAUACUAUCCAAGUGUAUCGACUCUAUAAGUACAGUACGGAUGAAUUCAUCACACUUUAUCCCAAUGACCCAGAGGAGGACUGGCCUGUGGUGACUCUCAUAACUGAAGAUGACAGACACUAUAAUAUUCCAGUCAGAAUGUGCCAAGAGACUAUGCUGUAACAACUGAUUUUUGGCAGACAAACCUGUGCUGCUUAUUGAGUCUUCCCAGUGCUAUUCUGAAGCAAGACGGUGAUGAAAUCUGCAUUAUUAAACCUACAGCACUUGAAAUCCAUUUUGGAAGUUUACAUCUGAAACAAAAUAUCACAUAAGCAGCAGCUUAAAGAGUAGAACAUUUGCAAGUAUAGCUCUUGUUGCCCAUUAAAAAGAAAAGGAAUCUUCUGCAGUCUUUUUGAAAGGGAAUGAAGAAGAUAGAUGGUACUCUGUAGUAAGGCAGAAGCUGGCCAUGUGCUCUCUGAAAUAAUAAGGUGAUGAUGAAUUGGCUUUCCUGGAAAAGUAAGCUGAGAGUAUUCUGACUACUUCUAAUGCAGAUUAGAAGUGAAUCCUGGGUGUUUUGGGAAGUAGUUUAGUUCUUUUGCAGUUUGAAUUUAAUGCCUGCCAUGAGUUAUGCUGUAGGAGAUACUACUUAAUUUUUUCUAAUGCUUUGGUGUGUUUUUCCUGACCUGAAUGUCAGAUAUUUAGAAGCCAGGUUGUCUGUUACACUGAAAAUGAAGAGGUUUUCUCCUUUCAACUUGAGAGGAUCAUGGCAAAGAGACUUGAUAAUAAGGGAGUACAAAAGUUUUUUCUUAGUAGGGCACAAAUUCAAAACCUGCCCAGUCUUCCCUCUACAGUUGUGAUAGCCCAUACAAGGCAACCAAAUGCCCAGCAGCUUCCAUGCCUGUUCCUCUCAUGCUAAUCCUCACUGAUAGCUGCUGUGGGGAACAUCAGGAUUUGAAUAUGCCUAGGGAGUGCAGCAGGUGGAAGUAAACUGGGUGUGGUGCCUCCACUCUUGGGAGGGCUGUGUGUGAGGUUCUUUCUGCUUAGAAUUACUUAACGUUGGAGGAACACAGAAUAUAGCUGGGACUGGGAGUGCUGACAUGCCUAAAAGCAAUUAAUCAUAACCCCCUUCACCUCUGAGCUUACAGUGGAAGUGUGCCCUGCACUCGAUGGAACAUCAUUGCCUCUACAGUUGUGAUAGCCCAUACAAGGCAACCAAAUGCCCAGCAACUUCCAUGCCUGUUCCUCUCAUGCUAAUCCUCACUGAUAGUUGCUGUGGGGAACAUCAGGAUUUGAAUUUGCUUAGGGAGUGCAGCAGGUGGAAGUAAACUGGGUGUGGUGCCUCCACUCUUGGGAGGGCUGUGUGUGAGGUUCUUUCUGCUUAGAAUUACUUAACGUUGGAGGAACACAGAAUAUAGCUGGGACUGGGAGUGCUGACAUGCCUAAAAGCAAUUAAUCAUAACCCCCUUCACCUCUGAGCUUACAGUGGAAGUGUGCCCUGCAGUUGAUCAUCUUGGAACAACAGAGUGAAAGUUUAUUUAAAUGACUUGCUGGUUUAUACAAAACCCACACCUUUCACCCAAAUAUUCUAGAGGAAACAACAUGCAAAAAACUUCUGGCAUGUAGAACUUCUGAUUCUUUCUGGUUUGUAUUAUGUUGUGGAGUUUCUGAUUUAUGAAUGUGAAUUAGAUUAUUAUAAAUCAUAAUCUAAAAUAUACUAAUUUUCUUAUCAAA